GUUCCACGUCUGCUGCUGGUAAGAGCAGGAAGAAUCUAGGAGAACAUCCUUAAGCCCGUUGCCCUGCAGUGCUCCUCCAGCGCCCUCUCCUGACAAACGUUAACCUGUCAGUUCAAGAGCCUAGCUCUGGCGCUGAGGCAGUAAAUGAUGCAUAUCUGGCACAGCCGACAGAGGAUUUAUCCUUCGAUAGUCAGAAUGCAGAAUCUGUGACUCGUUAAGUUACACUGGAGCUGGGUAUUCGGGUGGGGUCAGCCAAGAGGAGCAAGCAUCGAGGAAACUGGGGAGCAUGAGAAAGGUCUGGAGGUGGGGUCAACUGAAAGACUGGCUGAGGGCUCAGACGAGUGGCAGCGGUUUUCCCGCGCCAAGAGGUCAAGGGCAGAGGUGGAGGGGUGGAGAGUUGCUGUGGAGGAAGGGAUGCGCAUGCGGGGGCAAGGGCCGCGUGUACUGCGUGUAUUAUGCUUCACGACGGGGACCUUUUGGGUAGCCCGCCGGUGGGGAUUUGCAAGACGCGGUAAAUUUUCUAUUUAAACACCACCAAUCCUGGGCGUGAGGGGAUGGGGCAGCCAAUGGCUAUCCUUAAACUUUCUGCCACCAGUCACUGGGCCCGCUGAUGGUGACGUUGACACAGGAGGGAGAAGGAGCCGGCGAGACUUGGAGAUAUAUACUAAAUACCAACUAUGGUGAGGUCCAAUUUUAUAUAAAAUCCAUAUUGUUAUCCUGAAGGAAAGCACAACAGUAGCUGGCAUCACUGUAUCCGGAAAAUCUGAAAUGGUGUAACUUCACAUUAAAAAAAUUUUUUUCCAUCUCUGGAGUUGAAUAUACACUUUUUGUAGAAGAAUGGAUUUGUUGGCACUCAGGCAAUUUGCAGUGCUCCUCUGGAAAAAUUUUACCUUAAAGAGGAGGAAGUUCUUUAAUUUAAUAUUGGAAGUCGUAACAAUAUUGGUGUUUCCAAUGAUGCUUUUGCUAUUCCGUGCAAUUAUUGAGAUGAAUGUUACUGGACCUUACAAUUUUACCUCUCAACCCAUCAGUACUCUGCCUUCUUUCCUCCAAAAUCCUGAAGAGUGGAAAUUGAUUUAUGUGCCUUCUAAUAUUCAUGUACUAAAAGAGAUCACUGAAAAUGUGAAGAGGAAUCUAAACAUCAGUAUAAAAGUUCAAGGCUUUUCUUCUGAAUCGGAGUUUGAGGAGUAUGUUAAGUAUGACUAUGGAUCUUACAAAGUGCUGGCUGCCAUUGUUUUUGACUGUGACUUCAAAAACAGUGGUGAUCCUCUGCCACUUCAGGUAAAAUAUCAUCUGCGUUUUGUUAGGAUACAGAGGACUAUCUUGUGGCCAGACAGAAUAGGUUGGAAAACAUCGUUCCUUUUUCCUAAUUAUCCCUCUCCAGGACCCAGGAACCCAGAUCAUAAUGAUGGAGGAAGUCCUGGGUACAUAAGAGAAGGGUUCCUGGCUGUACAGCAUGCCUUAGAUAAGGCCAUCAUGCUGUACCAUGAGAGCAAUGCUAGACAGAAGCUGUUUGAUGGUAUCAGCAUCUUUGUACAGAGAUUUCCAUACCCAGCUUAUUCUCAUGAUGGAUUAAUUUGGCUCUCUGGUAGUUUCCUCCCUCUGAUGUUCAUACUCAUGUUCUCUCCAACUGUACUUUCCAUUGUGCGAUCCAUUGUAUGGGAAAAAGAAAACAGAUUGAAGGAGUACCAGCUCACAAUUGGAAUUAAAAACUGGAUGCUCUGGGCUGCCUAUUUUUGCACAUUCUUUUUUUUUUAUAUCUUUAUUAUUGCUUCAAUAUGUGUGUUAUUCUUCACCAAGGCAAGUAUUAUCCGUGAGCCACUCUUCCGCUACAGUGACUAUAGUUUCAUCUUUAUCUUUCUUAUGUGUUAUGCCAUCGCUUCAAUAUUCUUUGCCUUUAUGAUUAGCACAUUCUUCAGUAAAGCCCGUAUGGCUGCUUCUGCUGGAAGCUUCCUAUAUUUUGCCAGUUUCUUUCCAUUUAAUUCCGUUGCUCAAAACUAUGGACACAUAACUCUCACCAGGAAGGUGGCUGCCUGUCUCAGCUCAAAUGUUGCAUUGGCCCUGGGGAUUAAACUUCUGGUCAAGUUGGAAAUAAAAAGAAUUGGUGUUAAGUGGAAUAACCUUUGGACACCAGCCAGCCUUGACGAUAAUCUCGUCCUUGGCCAUAUGUCGGGAAUGCUUUUACUUGAUGCCUUCUUGUAUGGCCUUGCGACCUGGUAUAUAGAAAACGUCUUUCCAGGGAAGUAUGGCGUGCCCAAGCCAUGGUACUUUUUUCUUAUGCGCUCAUACUGGUUUGGCCAACCAAGAAUCGAAAGAAACAAAGGAGAAGUGAAAGACUGUGAAGUAACUCAAAACAAGUAUUUUGAACCUGAACCUACCAGUUUGGUGGCAGGUAUCCAGAUCAAGAAUUUGUACAAGGAAUUCGGUGACAAAGUAGCAAUAAACAACAUGUCUUUGAAUUUAUAUAAGGGACAGAUCACUAUUCUUCUAGGACAGAAUGGUGCAGGAAAAAGCACAACCUUGUCUAUUCUUACAGGUUGUUACCCUCCUACGAGAGGACAGGCCUAUAUUGAUGGAUAUGACAUCACAAAGAACAUAAUUAAGAUUCGAGAAAGCUUGGGCUUUUGCCCACAGCAUGACUUGUUGUUUAAUGAUUUGACACUAUCAGAACACCUUUUUUUCUACUCUGUGGUAAAAAAUAUACGUCAGGAGGUGUCUCUUCUGGAAAUGGACCAUAUGCUGUCUACUUUUAACCUGCUAGAAAAGCGUGAUACAUUUUCAAAGUCACUAACUGGAGGAAUGAAGCGCAAACUCUCCAUCAUUAUAGCACUUUUAGGGGGCUCCAAGGUAGUGAUACUUGACGAACCAUCAUCUGGCAUGGACCCAGUCUCAAGGAGGGCCACCUGGGAUCUCCUUCAGCAAUUUAAACGUGAUCGUACCAUCUUACUGACCACCCACUACAUGGAUGAAGCUGAUGUCCUGGGUGACCGAAUUGCCAUCAUGGUCGAUGGGACCCUGCAGUGCUGUGGCUCUUCAAUCUUCCUGAAACAAAUAUAUGGUGCUGGAUAUCACAUAGUCAUGGAGAGGGAACCACAUUGUGAUGUUGAUGAGGUCUCUGCAAUGAUUCAAUCUCAUAUUCCGGGUGCCAUUUUGGAAAGCUGUUUUGGAACUGAAUUGUCAUUUAUCCUACCCAAAGAGCAUGCACACAGGUUUGAAGCUCUGUUUAACGAUCUGGAAAAGAAACAAAAAGAGCUGGGUAUUGCCAGCUUUGGUGCUUCAAUCACUACCAUGGAAGAAGUCUUCCUAAAGGUCAAUAAGCUGGCAGAUUCACAAAUGGAUAUUCGGCCUACCACUCUUCUGAAGAGCAAAAAAAGAAGACAAGACAUGAAGGAGAAUAUAAGUGUGCCCAGAAGUUACGAGAGACCAGUUUUUUCCAGAUUGAAUGACAUUGCUAACAUUAAAUUUAAUAGUGGGUUUCCACUUUACCGCCAGCAAUUUCAUUCCAUGUUUGUAAAGAGAGCACUAUUUAGUUGGCGCAACUGGAAGUUGUCAUUGUUACAGACAGCAGUAAUUUUGUUAGUCACUACUUACCUCCUCACAACUUUAAACUUAAAUUAUGAGCCACCUGCCAGAGAAAUGGACUUGAGUCAAUAUGGUCGAACAAUUGUGCCUUACUCAGUUUCUGGGAAUUCUGAUGUGGCUCUGAAAAUCAUAAAGAACCUUAAGAUUUUUCUCAAGCUUAAGAAUCAAGAACUUCGGGAAGUACAAGGUAAUGUAAUGAAUUACAUAUUGGAAAAUAAAGAGUGCCGUGACUUCUCCAUUAUUGCAUUUUCCAUUGAGGUUGAGAAAAACAAAACAGUAUUUACUCUUUUGUUCAAUAAUGAGGCAUACCAUUCAGCUGCAACAUCUCUGGCGGUGUUAGACAACAGUCUUUUUAUGUCACUUUCUGGCCCCAGUGCUUCCAUUAAAGUCUCCAACAAGCCUCAACCUCUCCCGCUUUAUCGUCCUAACACAGUGCCUACAAGUGGAUUACAAAUAGUACUAUGUUUGGCUUUUGGCAUGGCUGUUAUGGCCGGUAGCUUUUGCCUUCAGACAGUGACUGAGAGAACCACUAAGGCAAAGCACAUCCAGUUUGUGAGUGGAGUCUAUUUACUUACUUACUGGCUCUCUGCAUUGCUGUGGGAUCUCAUCUACUUCUUUGUUACCUGCUGCUUACUACUGGGAGUGUUCGUGUACUGUGGAGUGGAUGCUCUUGUUGCAGAUUACCACUUUCUGGACACCAUGAUGAUCUUCAUGCUGUACGGCUGGUCUGUCGUUCCUCUCAUGUAUCUCGGAAGCCUCCUGUUUUCUAGCAGUGCUGCUGCCUACAUCAAGCUCACCCUCUUUAACUACUUUUCAACUGCUUUUAGUAUUGUCAUUCACAUCAUAAUUAAAUACUAUGAAAAUGACAUUCCUCAAUUCACAAGAACCCUCCUGGUUAAUACAUUAAUGAUGCUUCCUAGUUACAACUUAGCAAUGAGUAUCAGCAAAUUCUUUGAUGACUAUGAGGUGAAAAAAAGGUGUGCCAGGAAACUGAAAAAUAUCUACCUGGACUGUGAUAAAAAACUUAUUGAGAAUAAUAUCUAUGGUUUUGGAGAACAUGGGAUUGGAAAGUUUUUGAUUUCAUUGGCUGCCCUGGGCCUCAUUUAUCUGCUCCUAUUUUUGUGUCUGGAAAGUACAUUCUGGAGCCUGAAAAACUUUGUCUAUCAUAAAAUCAUAUUUAAUGUCUACGAGAUAUUCAGAAAAUGCAAGAAGGCUACAGCGUCCAUCCAAGUAAACAAGGAAUAUGAGGAUAAAGACGUAGAAGAUGAAAGGAAGAGAGUCCUGACACUGUUACCUAAUUUGAAGCGUGCCCCGCUACUUCUUAACGAUCUUACAAAGAUUUAUUAUAAGUGUCCAGUUGUAAAGGCUGUAAGAAAUAUCUCCCUUUUAGUCCAAAAGUACGAGUGCUUUGGAUUACUUGGAUUAAAUGGAGCUGGAAAAACCACUACAUUCAAAAUAUUGACUGGAGAGGAGACCACAACCUCUGGAGUUGUGUUAAUUGAUGGCAUUAGCAUCACUGAAAAUAUCAGAAAGAUUAGGUCAAGAAUUGGCUAUUGUCCUCAAUCUGACCCCAUGCUGAACCACAUGACAGGUCGGGAAUUGCUGAUCAUGUAUGCCAGGCUGCGGGGGGUCCCUGAGCCAGAUAUUUACAUGUACGUGGAAAUUUUUUUGCAUUCAAUGCACCUGGAAACCCAUGCUGACAAGUACAUCUACACAUACAGUGGAGGAAACAAACGUAAACUGAAUACUGCUAUUGCCCUAAUGGGAAAGUCCUCAGUUGUCUUCCUGGAUGAGCCAUCUACUGGCAUGGACCCAGUAGCCAGGCGCCUGCUCUGGGACACAGUUACAUGGAUGUGUAAAACUGGCAAAGCUAUCAUCAUAACCUCUCACAGCAUGGAAGAAUGUGAGGCGCUUUGUACCAGGCUGGCCAUCAUGGUAAAGGGCCAGUUCAAGUGCCUGGGCAGCCCUCAGCACCUCAGAAACAAGUUUGGUAACGUAUAUAUUCUGACAGCAAAGAUUAAGAUUGAUGAAAAUGAAGAUAAACUAGCGGAGUUCAAAGAAUUCAUUGCAACAACUUUCCCAGGUAACAUCCUAAACCAGGAGCAUCAAGGGAUUAUUGGCUACUACAUUCCCAGCAAGGGAAUUUGCUGGGGAAAGGUGUUUCAUAUUAUGGAGGAAGCUAAAAAACUAUUCAAUCUAGUAGACUAUUCCAUCAGUCAGAUAACACUGGAACAAAUCUUCCUGACUUUUGCUAAUAUUGAUAAAAUGGGAAAUGAUCAAGAAAUAAAGCUGCUAUGAGAUUCAGUUUCAA